CAGUCGCAUGCCUUCUGCUCUUCUACACAAGCACAUAAUCAACAUGGAAUCAUUAUCGCGCCGCCCGUCGCAGCAUCAGAACGAAUCGAGCGCUCCACAACAAUCUUCCAGCUCGCAAGGCCCAUCCUCUCUCCAAGAGUCCAGCGUCCUCGUCAAUCACCCGUCGCCCGAAGCGCGACCCGCGCCCCCGAUACCAGAUGAUAACGACUUGAAGAAGUGCUGGAUCUGCUUCUCCGACGAGAGCGAGGAUGGUCCAGAGACAUCAGCUUGGAGGGAUCCUUGCCCUUGCGCGCUGGUCGCACACGAAGCAUGCCUUCUCGAUUGGAUCGCCGACAUGGAGUCGCCCACAAGCCGCAAACGCACUCUUGGUCCUCCAGCAAUAGUAUGCCCACAAUGCAAAUCCGACAUCAAGCUCGUCCGCCCUCGCGAUCCUGUCGUUGAAGUCGUGCGCGCCCUCGAGAGGCUGGCUGCCAAAGCCGUCGCCCCUGCUGCUCUGACUGUCGCUUUCGGCGCCGUCGUUCAUGCCUGCGCAGUUCACGGCCUCUAUACCAUCACCUCCAUAUUCGGCCCUCAAGACUCAAAGCGCAUACUUCAGCCUCUGAUCAACGACUUUUGGUCAGCCGCGCGUCCCAUCGAUCAACUACGAAGCUUCAUGCAGCACUGGCGCCUUCGUGUCGGCCUGCCUCUGAUCACUCCCCUCUUGAUCCUCUCCCGCUCAACUCUCGCCGACUCAAUCCUCCCCGUUCUCCCUAUCGUCUUCUUCGCAACCCAAGGCGACACCUCCGACACACUCGACAUGAUCUCAUGGCCACCAUCAGCGAGCAUGACUUUCGCUGUCCUGCCAUACAUUAGAUCAGCCUAUAACGAAUACCACCGCCGCGUCUGGGCAGACCACGAGAAGAGAUGGAUGAAGGAGAUACAACCGAGAAGUGGUCAGCAAGACGGAGAUGCCAACGCUCAACUCGCUGUUGAUGCGGAAAUGGAGGCUGCAGAAGAAGAUAACAACUUCGAAAUCAGAAUCGAUGGCAACUUUUGGGAGGACUGGGCAGAUGAUGAAGAGGAGGAUGUUUUGCGCGAGGUCCAGGACAACAACGGAGCUCAUCCGCUCAACGCACCACCGCUACCUGAUGAUGCUCCUAUGCCUGGUCAAAACGAGAACAUGCCUCAACAGGGUCAACAACCACAAGCACAAGCACCUCAGCCACCCCGACCUCAGCCUCGACCACCCGCACAAAACAGAGAAGAGCGCCUCCUAUCCUUCAGCACAAACUCGCUCGCUCAGACUGUCAUGUCAGCUCUGCUCUUCCCCACGAUCGCUUCGGUCAGCGGUGAUUUGCUCACUCACCUGCUGCCUCUCUCAUGGACCACUCUGCCCACCAAGUCUUUUGGUAUGCAGAGAGGACGAGCCACAGGCUUGCUUCAGAACAAAUGGGGCAGAAGCGUCGUGGGUGGGUGCCUAUUCGUGGUUGUCAAAGAUGCUGUUAUGUUGUAUGUCAGAUGGAAGAUGGCCAAGCAGCAUCAAAGCAGGCACGUCGUAGACUUCGACAGGAAGAAAACUAAGCGAUAGGCCCAAUCGCGUUGCACAUGUUCUGCAGACGAUGCCCUGAUGACUUUCAUCUUUUUGCAUGGCGCUAUUUCCUUUCUCAUUAUAUUCCCCUCUUUCGUCACACGGCUUUACGUCCGUUUCUCUACAUUGAACAUGAUAUCAUCCUCUUUCUCGAGCGACACUUGCAAGCUUCAGCGAUGACUAUGCCAUCACCAUACCGAGGAUUCCGCAUCUGUAUUGGCAAUGGCAAAAUUCUUGCGAAGAGUAUCAAUCACCUUGACAGCAUGAAUGAAUAGACCGAUGUUGUGAUCACCAGAGAUUCUCGUUGUGGAGUACCACAGCAGUGGUGUCACCAAACUCGUCCAGCGC